AUGGCAACCUCGUCAAUCAGCACGAUGAACAUGUCACGCAGAGCACCAACACCUCUUCGGUCAACCCCCUCUUCGGCACCGCUAGAGGCCAUGGUCGCCAAGAAGCAGGCUCACAUCGAGGAGCUCAUCGCUCAGAAUCGCAGUCUCGAGCACACCAUCAUGAAGCUUCGCGAGACUAUCAACGACGAGCAGGCGCGUGGGAGGGAUGCCGUAGCCAUGGUGCAACAGAAGUGGAAGCAGGAACGCACCGAAUGGCUCGAAGGCUGCGACUCGUUACAGGCCGCGCACCGCAUCGCCCAUCUCCGUACUGCUCUCGAGCUUGAUCGCGAACGUGCUAUAAUCCUCAAAGUUCGCGGAGACGUGCGGCUAGAACGUCUUGCACGACUGCAGCGUGACAAUCGACUGGUCGCGUUCCAGCGGCGUGAAAGUGAGCUGGAAGCACGUGUUGAGGAGCUGUCCAAGGAGCUACUGGACCAGCAAGAAGUACUUGCGAAUGAUCAAGAUAACCUAAAUCAAGAACUCGAACAAUGCAACGUAGAGCUUGCCGAUAUCAAAGGGCAACUUCGCGACGCGCAGGAGGAGCUGGUGGGCGUGGAGAAGCAGAAGCAGAAGGCCGAGGACGCCCUGGCCAAACUGCGCGCCGAACAUACCACCCUCGUCGCCUCGUCCGGUACCACCGCAACCAACCUCGAGCGUACAACGUUGCAAUUGGAUGGUCUCAAGUCGUCUUUAUCCGAGCUUGAAACGAAGCACGCAGAUGCGGAGCGCACAAUUGCAGACCUACGCCGCCAGCUUGAGAAGUGGCGUAGCCUCGAGAGCCGUGAGGGAGCAGAGAUGGAAACUCUCCGGCGCGAGAAGAUCGACCUCGAAAUUCGUGUCAAGACACUCGAAGCCAGUCUCAAAGAGGCUGAAACUAGUACAAAAGGGAGAGAGGAAGUGGUGGAGAAGGCGCAGACCAAGCUUGAGAAGUACAAACACUCGAUAGACGAACACAAAAAGGCGAUCGUUGAAGCACAUGAAGCAGCAGACCGAGCAGAGGCGGAGGCGGAGGAGGUGAAGGAGCAACUGGCCGAAGCAGAAAGCAAGAUCAAGACCCUGCAGGAACAGCUAAAGGCCGAAAAAAGCAGAGCUGACGAAGUUGCCGCGCAGGCUCAGGCACGAGCUUCAGCGACAACGAAGAAGUCGAAGACACCCGCUUCACUAUCUGAUGCGCGUCGUUCCUCCGAAAACGAAGUGGAAGUCAUAGUCGAAGCGCCCUCCCCGCCUCCCUCUCCGCCACCUCCACAGAAACCAAAGCCACGGCCCCGUCCCAGGUCCAAAGUCCAUGCGCCUGUCCAAGAUAAUGAUAUCGAGGAGAUUGAGUCGCCGGUACAACCCCCGGAGAAGCCCGCGAAGAAGAGCACCAAAUCCCGCGGCGCACCAGUAGCGGCAUUGGACGACCAAGCCUCUGGCCCUUCGCGACCGAAGACGCGCAAUGAGAAAUCACAGCCAGCUCCCUCUGCUAUCGCUGACGCUGACGACGACGACGACGACGACGACGACGAGGUGAUGAUUUCCGAAGUCACGCCCAAAGCUAAGGCGAAGGCGAAAGGUAAGGGCAAGGAGAAGGAGAAGACCAACGGCAAGGAGAAGGAGAAGACCAACGGCAAGGAGAAGGCGAAACCGAAGGCGAAACCGAAAGGCAGAGAUAAAGACAAGGACGAAGACGAGGACAGCGCGAAUGCGCAGACCGCUGCAAAAGAGAAGGGCAAGCGGAAGGCAAUCGCGCUUGAUUCGGACGCUGAGGAUGUGCUGGACAGCUCUGCACCUAAGAAAGGCUCGCGGAAGAAGAAAGCCCGAGACGAGGAUGAGAAUGAUGGCGGUGUGUCGCAGAAGCCGAAGCCAAGGGCGAAACCAUCGAAACCUCCAGCGAAGGCCCCAAGUUAUGAGGCGAGCACGGGCGGAUCAUUGGAUGGAUUCAUUGUGGUUGCUUACAUCCUCUCAUUCCUUCCGUUCAUCAAGGUAAUUGCUUUGCUCAUCAGAAUUGUCUUCAGGUCAGUUUCCACCUUGACUAUUUCUCUUCCUCCAUUUAUGUACUCCGCACCGCCUGCGUGA